GACCUGCAGGGGGAGUCGGCGAGAGACGCUCGCACAGGCACACGGCUCUCCUGCUGCCCGCUCGCCCGGACUCCCCGUGGCCGGGGCGCUCUCGCACAGCUCCCCACCCGCCCUCGGGCUGCGAAGCCGCCGGGAAGCCCGGGACACAGGCAGGGCGACUGCUGCUGCCGCCGAGCGAGGGGAGAGCAGCGGCCGGUGUCCGGGUCUCCUUCGCCUCCUACGGGAUCACCAGGCGCCUCCUCGGGGAUUCCUCUCCUCGCUUUACAUGCUGCCCCCCGGCUCUGGAUUUAUAGGCAACUACCCCCUGCGUAUUCACCACCCUCCUCCCAGGGACUGCCCGGCGGAGGGCCGCCUCUCCCCUGCCUGACCCAGCGGUGUGCAUCUGGCUCUUGCCAUCCCCUCCCGGGGGCGCCCGGACGGACCUGGAGCCCCCCUGAGACCUGAAGCGCUAGCUGAGCCCGGGCGAGUGGCGGCCGGGCUGGCGCAUCACCUGGGGAGCCGCUCCUCACUCUGCCUCUGCUGCGUGCUGGGAUUUGUUGUGCUUCAGUUUGGGGUCUGUCGGCUCGCUCUGAUCCGAGCCGAUUCCGAGAAGCAGCCUCAGGUUAUGAAUUCUCUACUGCGGUUCUUUCCACACAUGAACACAAGGAGAGUUGCCAGUUAAAGGAAAAGUGACUAGUGCAGAGGACGACAUGACCACCAUGAAGGGAAAUGGUCUGGUUGCAUUGCUGGUUGCAGGUUUGGGAGUCAUAGGAAUCUUAGUGUCAGCAGCUACAGAAGAUUCCCAGUGCCAGCGAUCUGAGCACCCUGUUAUAAUGUAUAAAGAAAUUGCCCCCUGGUUACGUGUAUUCAGAGCAGAGAAUGCUGUGGACUUCUCACAAUUAACAUUUGACCCAGGACAAAAAGAACUUAUUGCUGGAGCAAGAAACUACCUCUUCAGGUUACAUCUUGAAGAUCUAUCUCUAAUCCAGGCAGUGGAGUGGCAGUGUGAUGAAGCUACUAAAAGAGCCUGUUACAGUAAGGGCAAAUCAAAGGAAGAAUGCCAGAACUAUAUCCGUGUGCUUCUCGUUGGUGGUGACCGGCUCUUCACCUGUGGAACCAAUGCUUUCACUCCUGUUUGCACCAAUCGGACGUUAAGCAACCUGACAGAGAUACAUGAUCAGAUCAGUGGCAUGGCUCGCUGUCCAUACAGUCCUCAACACAAUUCCACAGCUCUUCUCACUUCCAGUGGGGAGUUAUAUGCUGCUACAGCCAUGGAUUUCCCAGGAAGGGAUCCUGCCAUUUACCGCAGUCUGGGGGCUCUUCCUCCUCUCCGCACUGCACAGUACAACUCCAAGUGGCUCAAUGAGCCAAAUUUUGUGUCAUCCUAUGACAUUGGAAACUUCACCUAUUUCUUCUUCCGAGAGAAUGCAGUAGAGCAUGACUGUGGAAAAACAGUCUUUUCCCGGGCUGCUCGGGUCUGUAAAAAUGAUAUUGGGGGCAGAUUUUUGCUAGAGGACACCUGGACAACCUUUAUGAAGGCUCGUCUAAACUGCUCUCGCCCUGGAGAAAUUCCGUUUUACUACAAUGAAUUACAAAGCACUUUCUUCCUGCCAGAAUUGGACUUAAUCUAUGGGAUCUUUACAACUAAUGUGAACAGCAUAGCUGCCUCAGCAGUUUGUGUUUUCAACUUGAGUGCCAUAACUCAGGCCUUCAACGGACCAUUCAAAUAUCAGGAGAACUCCCGCUCUGCCUGGUUGCCUUACCCCAAUCCCAACCCUAAUUUCCAGUGCGGUACAAUGGACCAGGGUCUGUACAUGAAUCUGACUGAGAGGAAUCUUCAGGAUGCCCAAAAAUUUAUUCUAAUGCAUGAGGUGGUUCAGCCAGUUAUUCCAAUUCCUUACUUCAUGGAGGACAACAGCCGGUUUUCCCAUGUGGCAGUGGAUGUGGUGCAGGGCAAGGACAUGCUUUUCCAUAUCAUCUAUCUGGCCACAGACUAUGGCACUAUUAAGAAAGUACUCGCUCCAAUGAAUCAGACUUCAAGCAGCUGCUUACUUGAAGAAAUUGAGCUCUUUCCACGGAGGCAGAAAGAACCUAUCAGGAGCCUGCAAAUUCUGCAUAGCCAGAGUGUUCUGUUUGUGGGGCUUCAGGAACAUGUAGUAAAGAUUCCCCUGAAGAGGUGCCUGUUUUACAAAACACACAGUGCAUGUAUUGGAUCCCAGGAUCCUUACUGUGGAUGGGACAUGGUGAUGAAGAAAUGCACAACACUGGAAGAAAGUCUAAGCAUGAGUCAGUGGGAACAAAGCAUCACUGUGUGUCCAACCAGGAAUUUGACUGUGGAUGGGAAUUUUGGAAUGUGGUCUCAAUGGAAACCCUGCACCCACACUGAUGGUACCAGUGUUGGCUCCUGCCUCUGCAGAACUCGCUUGUGUGACAGUCCAGCGCCUCAGUGUGGAGGCUGGCAGUGCGAAGGACCAAGUAUGGAGAUUGCCAACUGCUCCAGAAAUGGGGGCUGGACUCCAUGGACUUCCUGGUCACCCUGCAGUACCACCUGUGGAAUUGGUUUUCAAGUCCGCCAGCGUUCGUGCAGCAAUCCAACUCCUCGGCACGGGGGCCGUGUGUGUGUGGGACAGAACCGUGAGGAGAGAUACUGCAAUGAGCACUUGCUGUGCCCUCCACAUAUAUUUUGGACAGGCUGGGGUCCAUGGGAACGUUGCACUACCCAAUGUGGGGGUGGGAUUCAGGCUCGUCGCAGGACGUGUGAGAAUGGCCCUGACUGCCCUGGCUGUAAUGUGGAGUAUCAACCUUGUAACACCAAUCCCUGUCCAGAGCUGAAAAAGACCACCCCCUGGACUCCCUGGACUCCGGUCAAUAUCUCAGACAAUGGUGGUCACUAUGAACAACGAUUCCGAUACACUUGCAAGGCACGCUUGCCUGACCCAAAUUUGCUAGAGGUUGGAAGACAAAGGAUUGAAAUGCGUUACUGUUCCAGUGAUGGUACCAGCGGAUGCUCAACAGAUGGACUGUCCGGGGAUUUCUUGCGUUCUGGACGAUACUCCGCUCAUACAAUUAAUGGAGCCUGGUCACCAUGGACUCCAUGGUCUCAGUGCAGUCGAGACUGCAGCAGAGGUAUUCGCAACCGCAAACGUGUCUGCAACAAUCCUGAGCCCAAAUAUGGGGGUCUUCCGUGUCUGGGCCCAUCUCUGGAGUACCAGGAAUGCAACAUCUUGCCUUGUCCAGUUGAUGGAGGUUGGUCUUGUUGGUCAUCAUGGUCAAAGUGCUCAGCAACUUGUGGAGGUGGACAUUACAUGAGGACCCGCUCAUGCACAAACCCAGCCCCAGCCUAUGGAGGGGACAUCUGCCUUGGACUUCACACUGAAGAGGCACUUUGCAACACACAACCCUGUCCAGACAACUGGUCUGACUGGUCUGAGUGGUCUGAUUGUGAUUCAUCUGGAGUCCAGUUCCGCGUUCGUCAGUGUAUCAUUCUAUUUCCUGUGGGCAACCAGUGUUCUGGGAACACCACUGAGAGUCGAACUUGUAUUUUCGAUUCUAACUUCAUACCAGAAAUAUCAGUAGCAAGAUCUAGCAGCAUAGAAGAAAAACUAUGUGGUGAGUUUAACAUGUUCCACAUGAUUGCGGUGGGCUUGAGCAGUUCUAUACUUGGCUGCCUGCUUACACUGCUUGUUUACACUUACUGCCAACGCUAUCAGCAGCAAUCCCAUGAUGCAACUGUUAUCCAUCCAGUGUCGCCAGCUCCUCUUAAUACCAGUAUCACUAACCAUAUCAACAAACUGGACAAAUAUGAUUCUGUAGAAGCCAUCAAGGCAUUUAACAAAAACAACCUGAUCUUGGAGGAGAGAAACAAAUACUUCAAUCCACAUCUUACUGCAAAGACCUAUUCUAAUGCCUAUUUUACAGAUCUCAAUAAUUAUGAUGAGUACUAAUGGAUUUGUGUAUUUUCUGGCCUUUGGUAACUCCCCAAUCCCCCAAAGCCUGUGCUACAUGACCGCUCAUGUGUUUGAGGCUUCAGAGAUGAAGUUCGGAGACAUUUCAAGCACACUCCAAGCCAUCAGUGUCCCAUUGCUGCCAAAAAAACAAAAACACCUGUAUGUGACAUGAUGUUCCCUUUUGCAAUAGUGAAAGGUUGGCCUGCAGUACGGAAUGCAGAUUUAAUAGCUGGGCAUAGUGGAAUGAGUCCUGAGGAGUAUAUCACUUUGUUCGUGUUUAUAGAUGUUCAGUCAGAUUUCUCUAACAUGUUGCAAACUAAUUUCUUGCGCUUUUUAAAAGACUGUAACCCCUUUGAAGAGGGUGCCAGGAAUAUGACUUCUAUUUCCUUUUGGACAUUGUCUGCUUGUUUCCACUGGGUUUGAGGAGAAAACUCUGCAUCUAGCAGUGGGGCCCUCUGAGGAGUCUUCCUGACAUUAUAUUGCCAAAAAAGCUCAUAGAACGUUGAGUAAAUGAUGAGGAGAAAUUUGGCAGCACAGUGUUAUUUUGUAGUAACUACAACAGUCCAGAGUUAAUCUUCCUAGACUGUGAAGUGUUUCGGCUGGAACUCUUGGAAGUUUCCCAGCUGUUUACAUCUUGAAGCAAACAGAAUAUACCAAGAGAUAUGCUUCUUGUGACAAAAAGGGAAAUCUGAAGAAUAGAUGGUUCAAAGUUGAGAUAAUUUAAGCCUUCAUCUUGUUUAUUUUAUUUUUUGGGAGGUUACGUUUGAACAUUUUCUGCACGUCGUUAGUAACCUAAUGUUACUGUACUCUAUGGACUUGCAUGACUCAUGGCAUUCCAAAGUCCUCUUCUCCUCAGAGUGUGCAUAUGGAACCCACUUGACUAGUCUGCUGUAGCAUCCAAAAACAUGCCAAUUAGUGGCAGAAACAACCGUACCAUGAUUUAUUCACCACACCCUUUCCUUGACACUCCUGGGAACAUAUGCCUAAUAAUAGAAUUGCUUUUCUUUUCACAAGUCCUUGUUUAUACAUGCCUGUUUGAAAACAACAACAACAAAAGGAAGAAAAAAGUGCCAGAUGUGUUAUGAAAAGCAUUGUUUUCAUCUUCUUGAUGUGUCUGAUCCAUGCUAAUCAAUCUGUGCCCGGACCAUUAAUAAUGUUGUUUAAAGUGGGCUUCCUUUGAGGCUCUUAUUGAUGUGAAUAUUUAACAUACUAGCUGCUUUUUAAGCCGUCACUUUUAAAUUCUUGUGCAAUGGCAGGUGAGGAAACAGUAGCAGUCCUCAAAUGAUGGCCCAACUUCUCUUGGUCUCCUCUUCACCCACCACAUCUGUAACAUUUGUAUUUUUGGAAGAGAAAUUCCUGGUGUACCAUUGAAGUGAAAAUGGCAGGGGUGUGGGACAUUUGUUUAGCCCAGAGUGCUGAACCAUAUAUAUCAUAAAAGGACAAUUCAGAGACUUCCUAAACAAAAUUAAAAAGUGAAUAAGAAGGUUUAAAUCAUUGCCUGUUUUUAAACUAUACACCAUAGAUUAUCAUGUCAGAAAUUUCAAAAGGGGGACGGAUUGCGGGGAGAAAAUGCAAAGUGGAGAUGCUUCAACAUGGGAGAGCCUGUGGUCUUUAGAUUAAAGUAUAGAUAGACACAAACAGAAAAGGUUUGCAAAGGCAAAUGUUAGAAUAUAAUGGAUCAAAAUUCUGCAAGGUAAAUCUAUUAAAAAAUGCCAAGGAACAUAGAAUUUUGUGUGAGUGUGUGUAUGACUUUAGAAUCAUAGAGUAUCCAGGUUGGGGGAGGGAUAGCUCAGUGGUUUGAGCAUUGGUCUGCUAUGAGUUCAAUCCUUGACGGGGGCACUUAGGGAUCUGGGGCAAAAUCUGUACUUGGUCCUGCUAGUGAAGGCAGGGGGCUGGACUCAAUGACCUUUUUGGGUCCCUUCUAGCUCUAUGAGCUAGGUAUAUCACCAUAUAUUAUUAAUAUCUCAGGAGGUCAUCUAGUCCAAGCCCCUGCUCAAAGCAGGACCAACCCCCAGACAGAUUUUUGCCCUAGAUCCUGAAAUGGCCCCCUCAAGGAUUAAACUCACAAUCUUGGGUUUAGCAGGCCAAUGUGCAAACCACUGAGCUAGCCCCCUCCUUUUAAUAGCCCUGUAACUUACAUGGCAAGAUUCUAGACUAAUUAUGGGAAUAAUUCUUCAUAACGUCUGAAGAAGUGAGGUUCUUACCCAUGAAAGCUUAUGCUCACAAUACUUCUGUUAGUCUUAAAGGUGCCACAGGACCCUCUGUUGCUUUUUACAGAUUCAGACUAACACGGCUACCCCUCUGAUACUUCUUCAUAACGUGUUGUAGUGAGCAAUACUUUUGAAUCGGAAUAGGUUCAAAUACCAUAUCGUACUUAGGUUCAGUGAAAAUAAUUAAGAUUGGUUUCCUAAGUAUUUCCACUGGACUAUUUUCAAUGUUCAUUUUAACUGUCAAUUAAAAAUAAAUCCUCCACCCUCAGACAGGUUCACACCAAAAAUAUGGUGGCACUAAUCCUCUUUCGUCUACCAUUGUAAUACUGUACUUUUGAUGUGUUUCCUAAGAAACUGCCUCACACAUUUAUUUCCCUUAGGAAAGAUGAAAUUACCUUUUCAAGAAAAUUCAGUGGAAUGGGGAGGGGGAACUUUCCAAAUCAUAACCAGUUUGGUAUUAGCAUCACUCUGCUGCUGCUGCGAAAUAAAACGCUUCAUUUAAAUAGUAUAAAGAAAAUAACAUCUGAAUUGCUGCCACUGCCCGAAAAACGAACCAAACAAAACCAACCAACCAAACAAAAAACAAAAUUAGAAACCCCACUCUUCUUCCCUGCUUCUCUACUAACAGCAGUGUUAGUCUGGCUUCUGUAUUUUAAAUUUAGCUUAUUAGCUAUUAGACCCAUAGUUUUUUAAAAUAUUUAAAGUAUCUAUCUUUUUAUUAAAAUUACCUGAAAUGAGUCCAUGUUUUACUCUACAAUAUUUUUGAGGGGUAUAUAUCUAACUAUAUAGAUAUAUUGGCCAUUCCAUGUAUAUUCACUGUAUUAGAUCUGUGAUGGUAAUACCCAUGGGAUAAAUUGUGAAGACAUAUGAUUAACUGCAUUUAGCCUUCCCUGCACUCUGCCCACUAAUCCAUCUCCCACAGGACUAUUUCAACCAUUCCAAAUCUCUGAGCAGCUUCAAAGUGAUGUCAUUUUUUAAAAAUAAUCAACCUGCCAGAGAAAUGUUUCCUUCUUUUCUUUCAAAUGUGAAAUGUAUUUCCCCAAAUUACCCUGUGGCCCAAGCUGGGGCAAUAAUUAGUCCUAUAGCACAAAAAGGUUUUAUGUCUGUAUCUCAUGUUCCUUCAGGGUAAGAAAUGGCAUCUUCAUAUCACUGGAAAGGGGAGCUCCCAAGUUUCCCAGUGGGACUAGUCUUGGAAGAUCCUGAGACAUCAGCCUUUAAAGCUGUGACAUUUUUGUGUAUUGAAAAGUAUUUUGGUUAAUUUAGAGGUAUUUAAAAUGUAUUAAUUGUGUCUAUUUGUUCUGCCGCUGAGAGCUGCACAGUUGCACAUAUGGCAUUAAUGGAGCCUGGCCUUGAAGAUGGACAGAUACAAAAGUAGUCCCCCAAUCAGAUUUUCUUUUUAAAUUUUUAACCAUUUCUUUAAAAGUUUUUGCUCUAAAAUUGGUAGGACACACAUUUUGGUGUGAAGUGGAUUUCUGACAUCUAAAUGCACAUGAAAAUGUUUUUCUUUAAACCAUAAAAGUUUGAAUUUUUGAAAUCCUGUGGACACUUGCAUGCAAUUCUCAUGUAAGCCAGUGGGCAUUUGUAUGAGGGGAAAAUUUGGCCCUAGACUGUUGUUCUUUUCUUGAGAGGGGAAUUCAAGUCCCUGACCCCUCUAAUUCCCUCCAGUUCUCUCAGAGAUUUUUGGCUCUGAUAUAGUUCUCUGUUCUGGAUAAAAUAUUAUAUUAUUUCUAAUGCCAGGAUUGGCCAUCUCUAAAAUACCAGUGCUCGUUCAAUACAUUCAUUUUAAAACUUUCUUUCAUUUUGCACUUACGUUUAAAUGAAACCGAGACUGAAGUUUAAAAUAAAAAUUUCUCCAGAACCGGCCAAAAUAUUUCAUCUUAAAUCUGUAAUUUUUUUCUGUGUAACACUAGUACAAAAAGAAAAAAAGGAAGAUUGCAAUGCCUGGUGCUGUAAAGUAUAUGUUUUCAUCUGAUAGUUCAAAUUAGAGCUCUGUGUGUGUGUGUGUGUGUGUGUGUGUAGACAUUUGGGGCUUGAUUCAAUAUGAGAUACAUGGGAAUAUAUUGCUCAGUUGUAAAAUCCACUACUGUGCUUGCAGAUUGUAUCUUGUACUUCAAUUUGAAUCUGAAGACCUUUACUUUCAUCUAAGCUUACUUUUAGUAGAAGCUUUUUUUCAGAUAUCUGCAAUUGCCUGCUGCUGCAGCAGUGUGUUUCAGAUAAAAAUAAGGGAGUUUUGGUUGGGGUUUGAGUUUUCAUAACAGAGCAGGAGACAGAGGGGUGUUGAAUUGGCUUUGAUUUUCUAUUAUAUGAAAUAAUACUAAUUAAAAUCCUGGAAAGGUAUGGGAUACUCUGUAAAGUACAGGGAAGUAGUUGUUAACAGUAUCAGAAUCAUACAGAAACCUGAUGGAAGUUUCAAAUCAAUAUAAAAUAGAGCCACAAGGCGAUUCAUUAAAGAAAAAAGUGCUCAGCAUAUUAGACCAUAUGGCCAUACAAAACAGAAAAGAGAGAUUUAAAGAUGUAAGAAAUGUUAAUGAAAAGAAAUAUUUUUUUUAAUUAUAGAAUAAUUAAGGCCCCACUUCAGUAAAGCAUAUAUGUGUUUGCUUAUCUUUAAGCACAUGAGUAGCCCCAUUGAAAUAAAUGGAAUUUAAACACAUGCUUAAAGUUUACUGUUUUGCUGGAUCAGGGCCUAAGACCCAAAUCCUGCAAACACAGACUGGGUUUGGGUGGACUGCAUCUGAAGAAAGAUAAUUCCCCAGUAAUUUUAAGGCCUUUAAGGGAGCAGGCUUGACUCCUAAAGUUAGACCUUGGUGACGCAACAGUAUUUUGGUUUGUUAUUUCCGAUCCUGUUUGUGAAUAAACUGUGUUCUGCUCCCAGUGUAUAGUUUUCAGUCUGGAGAGAGGAAAAUGUUAGAGUAUUCACACAUCUUUAAGAAUAGGAAAGACACACUUACAAAGCCAAAAAAUGAAUGUGACACAAAAGAUUUAGUUUCUUUUUUCUGUCUCCUGUCAGCAACUGAGGGUGACCAUUCCAAUAUCAGUAAUCUCUUCUGUAAGUAUCUGAAACAUAUAUGACACUUGAGACUGAAAUUGACAUGAAGGUCAGCUAAAGACUCAAAAAUGACAGAAAUAUUGCCCACCGUCCAAAGUGUAGCAUCCUUCAACUUUGCCAAACGUAAUAAAGCUACAGGGCAUCUUCCCAUUAAUAGAAAGAAAAGUCAACAUAUUCAAACCUGGUCACCAAAAGUCAGGUUCCUAAAUCCAUCUUUAAAUAUUUAAAUAAAAGUGGCCUGAUUUUCAGACCUGCUGAGUGCCCACAGCACCCAUUGAUGUUAGUGGGAAGGGCAAGUGCUCAGCAACUCUGAAAAUCAGAUCCCCAUAGCUAGGGGUCUAAGUACAGUUUUAGGUACCUAUUUUAAAUAAUGUUUGAAAACUGUGGGCCUUAACUUUCUUUUAAAAAAUGACUUGUGCCUUUUUAAAGGUCAGUAUUUCAUGUAUUUCACCUGCACAUUGUUUUUCACAAUAAGAAGCAGAUAUGAAUGGAGAUUUUUUUUUUAAAAUAAUUGUUUUCAUGUGGGUCUCCCUCUGCUCAGGACAGAAAAUGAAAGGAAGCCACAAUGCUCUUCAUAUUUCUCUUUUUAAUUGGUUCCAAAGAUCAGUGAGCUGCCUGUACUGUGCUAGAAAGAUAAUUAUCAUGGUUUAAAGAACUUGGGCACUUUUUUAUUGUUCCCGUGUUAGCACUUACAUAGAAAUUGAACACAAAAGAGAUUGCUAAUUUGUGUGUGUGUGUGUGUGUAGGGCAUUGGGAGUGGUUUUAAUGGUAAACUCAUAAAAAAUAAGUUCAAAAUGUUCAUUUCAAAGCACUUGAAGAACAUGUACAAAACACUUCCACUGACUUCAAUAGACUUUGGAUCAGGCACUAAGGAAGGCCUGCUUUUUUUAUUAAAAGAAUUCCCCCACCUCCUCUGUAUUUGAGAGUUGGCUUGCUAAAGAAACAAAUCCCUGCGCGUUGUGUUACAAAGAUGGAUUGCUGAGAUUUUGUACUGUACUCAAAUGACCACAUAAAUGCCCAAAGGCGACCGCAGCCUCCACCUCCACCAUCACAUAUGUGCUAAUACAGUGUCUCUUCAGUAUUUUGCAACGAUCUACUACAUUAUUAUUGGCAAUAUAGUAACUGUUGUUAUUUUUUUAGGAUCCAUAUAAAAACUGUGUUCAUCAAGUUGCUUGUAUGCAACUAUUCAUCUCUGUAUCAUGCACUUGUUUAGGUGGGGGGAAGUAAGUGGGACUAAUUCUCCUGUAUUCCUCUUAUACAAACCCCAACUCAUCACUUCUUGUCUCCUACAUAUUGUAACACACUUCUGAGAAGAACUAGCUAAGACCAUUGGUGUAGAAAUAAAAUAAAAAUACACAUGGUACUUCCUGAAAAAUUGUGUGAGAUUGCCCUGAAAUAUGUUUCUUUUAUACAUCAUUCAUUAGAGAAGAUCCAGGACCAGAUCUGCAGCUGGUGUAAAUCUAUGUAUCACCAUGGGAGUCAAUGGAACCGUGCCGAUUUAUACUAGCUGAGGGGUUGGUCCCUGUUGUUCAGUGUUCAUAUUGAUACUCAUGAACUGUUGGGCCGAAUCCUGUCCCCAUUAAAGUCAACCAUCAUUGUAUCAAUGGAAGCAGAACCAAGUUUAUAGGGCAAAAAUACACCAUAAUCUCUUUGUGUAUUUUAAUCCUUGUUUGUCGCAUGUUUAUGAGAAACCCCGCAUGCACUUCUGUGCAAGAGUGCUUGUGCACACACACACGAAUAUGCAUGGGUGUGCACAGAUGCAGAAACCUUCACAGGAAAGGUCUCAAUUUGACUUCUUUUAGCCCUUCUUUGUAAUUACUUUGACGUUUGUGUUCCCUGUAGCACUCAAUACUGGCAUUGACAGUGUGUAUAGUGACUGAGACCUGAUAUAUAAUCAUAAAAAAACAGUUUUGUAGUAUCAGUUCUAAAUGAGUUCCCCAGGAAUUUAUUGGUUGGCAAGUAAUGGUGCUAACCACCUUUGGGCUAGAGAAGUCUAUUAUUAUUACUUAAGAGAAACUGCCAAUGAGCUACUCAACUAGUCAAUAAAAAUUGAUUUUAAUAUCCUUCUGGCUUCCUCAGUGAAGAAAGUAUCAACAUUUCUGAAAGGAGCAAUCAGUGAUCAUUCAGAGAGAGAAGUCAGGUUCACUGCUGGUCCACUUGCCAAUUUCCUACCCCAAGACAUGCUUCACAAAUCUUCACUCGGAGACUAAACACACUGAAAACCAAUAAACUGCCUACCUUCUAAUGAACCUGUUUACACAUGGAGCUCCUGCUAGACUGGCAGUUGGGUGCAGUGUUUUCCCCAUAUCAUAUCUGCCAAAUCUUUAUGUCAUGUACAGUAUAAAAUUGUAUUAUAUUUUUUGUACUUAUGCUUUGUGUAAAUAAUUUAUCAUUCAGUUGUAUGUGAGCAUUGAAAAUAAAUCCUUAACCUUUAGGAGA